AUGCAGUGGUUUCCGGGAAACGUUGAAACCGCCAUUCAAAUCUCACGCAAAAAUAAUGCAUUAUUGAUCGUCUAUAUUUCAACAGAAGAUGAAAAAGGUCAACAAUUUGAAAACCUUUGGGAAAAUAUUGAUUCUCAAAAUCUUGGCUGUGCAAUUGUUGGUAUAAAGCUCAAAAAGGGCUCAGAUUCAGCAUUUAAAUUUGCAGAAAUUUGUGAGUUUUGAAAAUAGUUUUCAUUCAUAAUAUUCAAAAUCUUCAGAUCCAACACCAAUUUUGCCCGCCGCAUUUUUGAUUGAUCAAAAAGGAACACCUCUCGAGAUUAUCACACAUCUUGUUCCUUUGAAUAACGACAGUUUUAGACAGAAAAUCAAUAAAGCUGUCCAGGAAUUCCUGAAAACUUCUCCGAGUUCUGCAGCUCCUGUAAAACCAGUCGAAACUAACCCAACUCCGGUGGCUAAUCAAAAUCAAGCAGUUCUUGAUGAAAAGAUCAAGAAAGCAAAAGAAUUAUUGGAGCAAAAAAAGAAGAUUGAUGCGGAGAAAAAAAUCGAGGAGGAAAAACAAAACGAGUUGAGAAGGAUUCAAGAGGCAAAAUCAUUGCAGGAAGUCAAGCGGGAACGGGAUGAUAAAGCAUUGAUUGAAGCGGCAAAAGAAAGACGGAAAGAGAAAUUGGAGACUGAAAAAGAGAAGGAAAGAAUUCGUGCACAAAUUAAAGCUGAUAGGUUGGUAUUACAAGAUACUUGAUUAGAAAUUUGAUUUCAAAAUAGUUCAAAACAGCACAGUCGUGAUCAAUCCACUAGAAAACGUAUAUUUUAUUUCUGAAAAAAGCUCAAGAAGCCCUCAAAAUGUUUAUUUUCAGAGAAGAUCGACUUCGUGCACAAAAACCAUCCCAAGACGCCGAAAAAAGCAAGCCUGAAGCUCCAACGCAAGCUCCAAUUCCAUCAGAUCGAUGCCGUCUCCAAGUCCGUUUACCAGAUGGUUCAGUUCUUGUCGAAGAAUUUUCCUCAUCAGACAAUCUUCUUUCACUCAUCGAAAUAAUCAAACAAAAAACAUCAAUAAAAGGAUCAUUCGAUAUUUCGCAACUUUAUCCGCGAAAAAUUUUCACCGCUGAAGAAUUGGGAUUUUCGUUUUUAAAAAAUGCGUUAACACCGUCAGCAUCAUUGAUUAUUAUUCAAAAACCAGGAGUAACUGUGAUUGCCGCAAAACAAACAGGAUAUUAUAUUAGUUUAUUAACUUGGUUGUUGUUUUCACCAUUCAAUUUCAUUUUUAAAACAUUGACUUCGAUUUUUGGUGGAGGAAGUCAAAAUGACUCGAAUUCUGGAGAAACUAAUCAACCAUCUACUUCUUCUGGAACUGGAACUGGAAAUGGAAAUGGACAAAGAGGAAUGCCAAGAACUGCUGAAGUUAGACGGGUAAGUUCCACGUAGCAAAAUUAUUUGACAAGCAAAAUUAUUUGACGUAGCAAAAUUAUUUGACAUUAUUUGAUUGUGAGAAGAAUUCACUGUGUCAAAUUUUUCAUGAUUCAUUCCAAAAUUUUUGAGCCGCCUAUUUUUUUUGUGUAAACCAAAACAAUCAUUGUUUUUGUUUCAAUCGAAAGAAUGGUUUUUUGUGUAAUAAUCAAACAGUUUUGGCCCAAUCUCAAUAUAAAAUUUUAUCAGAAAUUCAUUUUUAGCGCGGAAAUAUUUCUGGUCUUCAUAAUCCAAAUGGCGAUGAUCCAGAAGAACGUGCCAAUUUUAAUGGAAAUUCUACACAAUUUAUGUGA